AUGGUGAAACAUUCCUUCAGCGGCUUUGACAUCUUCGCCCCCAUCCCCGGCAGCACGGCGACAAACAACUCGCGGCGACAAUACAACGCCUAUCAGUAUCAUCUGAAGCAGCCGGAGGGUGACUUCGGCGAUGCACGUGGGAUGACCUUCAUCCAGUGGCUGCGAAUCUACCAGUUGCCCUCAGACACUCGAGACGGCGUCACAGUCCAACUUCGGAAUCAACAUGGACCGGCGAAAGGCAAGCCGUGCGGCGUCGCCAUGUCCUUUCCAUUUGAAUUGUUGGACAUAUAUCUCGGCGCUUGGGCCGCAUGCUGUUUGCAUGGCAUGUUGGAGGAGCGGCUUCUGCCCGUCGUGCCGGACGCACUCCACAUCCCCGGCUUUGAAGACGAGCUCGCGCGGAUCGACCCCGAGCUCAUGCUGCGCGGCAUCAAUGCAGAUCGCAUCUCUACCUUCAAGGCCAAGAUUCAGGCCACGAAUCUACUUCUCCUGCACAUUCGAGAUGGGCGCGAAGAUCCGGGAUUCUGGACUGCGCGAGAUCUGCCUGGGUAUCCUCGCCGUCAGUGGUCGCCCGAGCAAAGCGCCGUAAUGGACUGGAUGCGAGACCGCCUGGGUGUCAACGACGCCAGCGACGGCCGCAACCGCGUGCUGCAGAUCUCCGGACCUCCCGGCACAGGCAAAACCGAGGUCGUCAUCGGCGCAACAAAGCUCGCUUUGGACGACGACUGUCGGGUCUUGGUUGCUGGACCGAUCGGUCUCCUGGUGGCCAUGUACCGCCUCAAGCUCCCAGCAGAUGAACGGCUGACCAUGGAGACCAUCCACUCCGCCUUCAAGAUUACGCGGCCGGCAGAUGCAGCCUACAUCCCACCAGGUCGGCUACGUCGCUAUGACGUUAUCAUCUUCGAUGAAGUGUCUCAGAUCGACGCAGCAGUCUGGGCCGAUCUCAAAGCAGCACUCGGCGAACUUCAUCCCGGCCCGCUAGUUCUCUUUGUAGGUGAUUUCCAACAGCUGCAGCCUGUCACCGGCAAACCGCAGCUCCAGAUCGACCUGGACACGGAGGUCGCCAACGGCACGGUGGAUCGCAUUGACUUGAAAAACCACAACCUGGCCAGGUCCAUCGAUCCCGACAUGCUCGA